CGGCGUCGUUCAAGUGUGUUUGUUCUUAAAAAUCGCAUGAAUCGAUUGCUAAAUAAAUACGACUCCGCGUUUCGGAAUAUUAUCGACAAAACAUCGUUCAACAAAUACCUCACGGCAAAUACUCUUGUCACGGGUAUCGGCGGCGGCGUCGAAAUGUCAUCGCGUAUUUGAUCCUAUUUCGUGCGACUUGAACACAAUAAUAUCAUCGUGGCAGACAAUCGCGCACCGGUAUUUCCACAGCGUUUAACGUUUACCGUAUUGUUAUUAGAUACUCGAAAUAAUUGACGAAUUCGUGGUUUAGCGAAAUCCCUCGACGCGUCGAGUUACCGGGUGUAACUUAUUCAUUGUAGCCGUAGCGUCAAAACGCGGUUCAUCAUGAAAAUCGCACUGCUGCUAGUCUCCUGUUUUUGGUUAACGUGCGGCGCGAUUACGAAACUGCACCGAAUCGUUGAACACGUGAACAGCGCCAACGUACCAUGGCAGGUAAGAAGGAACGAAAUCCAAAACACUUAUGUAUACACCUAUACACCUAAACUAGUUGCCGGUUGUAGUAGCCGGGUAUUGUAAGGUUCAAAAAACUUACGCGCACUGCAAUAUUACAUCGCAUUGAUAUAACGUCGCGCAAACAAUACUUUCAUCCGAUAAAAUUUAAAUUAUGGUAGGGACCUAGUGAAAUUUAUUUCUCGUAAUCUAUUUGUUCAGUGUGUCGGCAUAGUCUGAUUUGUGAUAAAAAAUCGGUAGAGUGUCCGGCGCUGCGCCUGACGAGGUGUGGGGUGGGGAGUGGCAAUCGAUCCAGCGACUUGAUGGACGGAAAUUUUUUAGCUAAUAUAGAUAGACGAGAAAUAUUAAAAACUAUAUUAACAUCCAUUUUUACUAUGUGAGUAUUUUUUUUUUUAUUUUUUUUUUUUUCUAUCAAUUAUAAAUAUAAACAUACCUAUAUUUCAACAGUAUAACAAUAUUUCAAUUAUAUUUUGUUACAAUGGUAACAAAAUGUUUCGACCGUUAAAUAACUGUUAAAUAAACCUACUUUAUUUAUUAAUCGACACCUCUGACUUAAUAUUAUUGUAUGGCUUCAUUUUAUACAAGCGAUGGAAAAACGUUUUUCGGGUUUAAAAGGAAAUAAAACAUUAUUUUAGAUUUUUUUUUGCUGGACGUUAAAAAGUCAUCGUUAUCUAUUUUAAAUACAGAAAACGAUCUUCUGAAAAAAAAUACAUUGUGGUUAAAUCAUUGGAAAUUUUGUUACUAUCAAAUCGGGACGAAAAUGACUAUACAUUGUAUUUGUUUCGCGUUUAUUUUACUACUUGUACGGCUGUAUUCUAGAUAUAAGAUAUUAAAAUAUAAAGCCUAAGUACCUAUACUUAAAACUAUCAUGUCCUACAUAUUUAAUCUUAUAAUCCAAUUAUCUUUGUUUAUUAUUAAAUAUUUACAUAAAAUCGUUUACCUUAUAUGAUUUUGUUUUUGAAAUUAAUAACCAUAAUAAAUACAGCGCGGUAUAAUUUUUAAAAUUAAAAGAAUAUAAAACCUCUACAUAUUUUUUAGAAAACCAAAAUUACACACUUAUUGAUUCGUUUUUCUUAAUUUUGUUUCCUAUACAUUACACAUAGGGAAUAUAAUCACAAAGUAUAAACAAGAGUCUUUUAUAAUGAUUGUUUCGAUGAAAAAAAUGUAUCGGUAAUUUUCUUAAAGGUUGUGUAAUUUUGUGUGCCAUCCAGACGGUAAAGGGGAACAAUUCCGUUUUUUUUCGGACUCUGACGUCAUAAUGAACGUUAUUCUCUCGCGCGGUUUUAGAUUCUUGACGGUAUGAAUAAAUUGCAUUGGUUUUACAGUUUUCCAUGUUAUUAUAAUGUGUAUUUGUUUAUAUCUCUCAAUACCGUUUUAACCAGAAGACUUAUUACUCUAAUCAAUAAAUAUCACCUAGGGUAGUUUCUGGGAAAUAUUUUUUUUACAGUACCUGGCAAAAAAAAAUAAGCGGGUAACAUCUUGAUAAGUAUCGGAUUUUUCAAAAUUCAAUUUCAAAAUUCAAUUGACGCUCAAGCUUACACUCGAAUAUCGCAUUUUUUUUUUACUCGUUAUUUUCUGAGUUAGUGGGUCACACGGGAGAAACCUACUUUAAUGUUUUAAACCAGUCAAACUAUCUCCAUUCAGAAUUAGUUUUUUUUGUUUGCAAUUUGUCACUUACAACAGUGGCUAAAAAGUCCGGUUUUUUUUUUUUUUAUCAUUAUUAUUUACAAUAUACUUGCGUCGUUCAGGCAGGAAUAAAUAGUUUCCAUACGAAUGACUACAAAAAAUUAGUGGGCUCGUUUCACUAUCCUGACGGCGCUGGCGAGAUACUGGACCAGUACGACCGCGAUGUAUUUGGUGACAACGUUGGGGGCAAUGAUUGCGAUACAAAUAACGACGAUGACGACGACUUCAACGGCAUUGCGGAAAGCUUCGACGCCAGAUACCAUUGGUUCGAGUGUCCCUCGAUUUCGCACAUCUGGAAUCAGGGCAAUUGUGCGGCCGAUUGGGUAGGAUAUAUUAUAGUAACUACAUAGCUACUGUAUUUCGAUACCGUCUAAUUAAUCCAACUUGCAUCAAAUCUCAACUAUUUUCAAGGAUCUCGCAAAGUUUUUAUGUAGCUACUGUGUUUCCAUACUUAAAUUUUUAUUUCAGGCAAUUGCUGUGACUUCGACCAUGAACGAUCGCAUAUGCAUUGCGUCCGAAGGCAACAUCACUGCACUUUAUUCGCCACAAAAAUUGGUUUCCUGUUGCACAAACUGUGGCAACGGGUGCAAUGGCGGGUACACUGCGGCGGCAUGGGAAUACGUACAGAAAAGAGGAAUCGUUACCGGUGGUGAAUAUGGUAGCAACGAGGUAAAUAGGUUAGGUUAGGUUAGACCUAUCUGGCUACUAGUGGAGCGGCGAGUUCAACAUUUUUGAAACCCAAAUAUUUUGGUGGACACAUCCCAUCUUACUUAAAACCUAAAUAAAAAAGGAAUUUUUAAUGAUCUUAAACGCAAAUAUGAUGGAACUUAGCCUCUUUCUGCAUCCAUCCACGAACAGCCCCUAAAAAAUUUUUAAAACGUUCACUCAUGAACAGUAACAGUCAACACUUAACACACAAUACAAUUUAGAAUUAAUGUUGUUAUUAUUUAUUAUUAAAAUUAUAAUUUUUAAUAUUUGUUAUAAAUUAUAAUUAUUCAAUUAUUAUCCAAAAUAUCAUUAUUAGACACCCACCCCCAUAUCUUCUAAAAAAUAUUAUCUCGUUGUACGUAUUACGUAAAAUCGUACAAACGUAUAACGCCAAUUUGUAUCUACCGGUUGACGCGACAAAUUCGUUUUACUUUUAAUUUUUAAACUGUCGACCAUAGGCAUAGAAUAUAUUCGCAGAUUUGACCAAGAAAAAUUUCUUGAAAGACAUUCAACAAAUAUACAGCCCCCGUGUACAGAGAUAUAGAGUAUAACAAUUAUUUUUGAACAAAAAUGUAUUGUAUAGGACAUACAUACGGUAAAAGUAGUAUAACUUUGUUUGGUUCUUGAAGGGCUGUCAACCAUGGCUCAUACCUCCGUGCAACAUUUCGACAGCCUAUAAUUCCGAAACCAUUCUCGGACCUCACACUAUGUGCGCCGCCGACCAUCACUCGCCGACCACCCCGAAAUGCGAUCUGAGCUGUUAUAACGAGAAACACGAAACGGCGUUUUUGGAUGACAUCAUCAAAGGUUAGACCGAAUCGAUGGCGUAAAGUUUACCGUAAACUCGCCCGUAGUGUUGCUAGAACGCCUAAUGUUACAUUCAUUUUCGAUCAUUAUUAGAUAGUAUUUUCGCGAUUACUGUUAGAGUAAUGGAAAAUGAAAAAGAGAAUAAGUUGAGAUGAUAAUAUGAUCAUUAUAAACACAACAUCAAGAUAAGAAAGUAGUAUCUAUGUCGAAUAAAAAGUGGCAAGAAAUUACUAUAUAAGAGAAAUAUGAACUAGUACAUUUGUACCUGUAAAUGGAAUAAAUAAAAAUAUGGUAAAGACGUAAUAGUGAUUGAUUGGUGGGAAGUGCGGAAGGCGAAUAUAUGAGUAAUGAGAGUUUAUAUGAGAUUAAAAAAAAUGCCAAGUAAUUUCCAACCGUUUCCGAUCUAUACUUAACGAAUAAAUUAAAUUCACAUUAAACAUCAAAAUAUUUUUCCUUAUGCGUGAAUUUAGCGGCUGUUUUUAAAUUCCUAAAGAUUUAUAAGUCCCUCCACAAUGACUUAUCGUGAAGUACUUGACUUGGGGACUUAAGGACUUAGGGGGAGGGGGGGGGGGGGGUGUAAAGCAAUAACUUGAUAGGACUUGUCGUACAUGGGUUAGAUCAAUUCGGUCACCGACACUACGGUGAGUUGUUCGUAUAAUUUAUUAAAUUUGUACGUUAUUUUAUUUUAGCCAAAAAAGUUUACAAGUUCGACGGGUGCACCGCAAGGAAAAUACUGAGAAAACAUGGACCGUACGUGGCGACGAUGAGAGUUUACGAAGAUUUUUUGACUUAUAAAUCCGGUCCGUUUUAUUUCAAUUAAUAAGUGCAUAUAAUGUGUAUACUAAUCGACGGGAAAAAUGAUUUUUAUUAUAUUUUUUUUUUCAUAACUGCAGGCGUAUACCAACAUGUCACGGGGGAUUAUUUGGGACUAUUGUCAGUCCGGAUGAUCGGCUGGGGCUUAGAGAGAGGACAAGCUUACUGGCUAUUGGCCAACUCGUGGGGAACUUCUUGGGGAAUCGAUGGUUUCUUCAAAAUCAGACGUUUCGUCAACGAGUGUUGGAUAGAAAAUUUCAGAUACGCCGGCAUACCGAAAUUAUAACAUCCCGUUAAAUAACCAUGUAAUACUCGCUCUGUUACUGCAUAUACUUUUUUAUAUUAUGACAUAUAAAUAUUAUACCGAGUCGCUACGAUUAUUGUCAAUUUAACUAGUUGAUUAAUUCAAAUAUUACGUUAUUUAACCUUAAAUAUAAGAUCCAUGUUUAAAAUUGUUCAAAUAAACUGUGAAAAUCAAAAAUACACCUGUAGAUCAACACAAUGAAUAGUUCCGUGUUUGAUUGAAGCGGAUCUUCUAUCUAAAAAUGGUGUUCUUAAUUAUUAUAUUCGGAGACUUUUGCACGAAAACUGUGUCCCGAGAGCGCCCGGAUGGGGGAAGACGAGGUAACAAUAAAUGUAAUUUGCCCUCUCGUCUUCGCAAAGUACAUUAAACAUAUAUUUGUUUAUUACAAUAUAGGCGUGCGUAGAAUACGUAUAUGUCCGAAAAAUAUGAGAACUUGUACAAUAAGUGUUUUAAUUCAAAUGGAUCAUAG